GCGCCAAUAUGGCGGCGGCAGUGGUGGCGGCCGGGCGGGCGUGUGCCUGGGGAGCGCUGCGGGCGGGAUGGAGAGGGUUUGCUUCUGUGCCAGUGAAAGGGAGUUGCUGUUCCUAUUCUAGCCUGGCAUGGACUUUCCAGACACGGUGUUCCAUCUCUGCCCCCUGGAAUGUGAGAGUUGAGCAAUGCAGAAAAAGCAGUUUCUUCAAUACAUUGACAGCUGAUGAGCUAUGGAAAGGAGCUUUGGCAGAGACUGGUGCAGGAGUAAAGAAAGGAAGAGGAAAGAGAAGGAAGAAAAAGCUAAGGAAGAAUCUCAAUAGAGGCCAGGAGAUUGGUGAAGGACGUUCUGGUUUCCUCUGGCCUGGUCUUAAUGCUCCUGUGAUACAAACUGGGAAAGUCCAGGCAGUUACUCAGAGAAAAAAAGAAGAACGAGAAAGAAUUCAGACUGAAAUUGUUCAGCAGAGAGAUACAUGGGAGAAGAAAAGAAAAACAAGAAUUAAAAGAGAGGGAGGAUGGAGUGGAAGCUGUUGGGGAGGUGUCCUUCUGGAUCCUCCUGACCCAGGUCCUAAUGGAGAAACUUUUGAAGAUUUUGAAACAAGAGUCAUUGAGGUGAAAAAUGUAUUUUGUAUGAAGGCAAAGGAAGGCAGAAAAAGAUCAAUACGUGCCUUAGUGGCUAUUGGAAAUGGUAAAGGGGCUGCAGGUUUUGCACUGGGGAAAGCGGGUGACAAGAUGAAUGCUUUACGGAAAGCAAAGAAUAAAGCAAUAAACUGCUUACAUUUUAUAGAGCUGUAUCAGAACCACACAAUUUACCAUGACAUUACAACAAAAUUUAAAACCACCAAUAUCCGCAUGAAGAAGCAAAACAAAGGGUAUGGUCUUCGUUGCCACCGAGCUAUUAUCACCAUGUGCAAACUAAUUGGCAUUAAAGACAUGUAUGCCAAGGUUACUGGAUCCAAAAACUUGAUUAACAUUACCAGAGCUUUCUUUAAAGGCUUGACCCAACAGGAGACUCACCAGCAGUUGGCAAACCAGAAGGGUCUCUAUGUGGUGGAGUUCCGUGAGGAGCAGGGCCCUCUGCCCAUUGUCGUGGCUCUGCCGGAGGGGACUGUCCGCGAGGAUCCUGAGCCUGAAGAUGAGGUUUCCGACAAAAAGCUGGAGUGGAGUGAGGUGAAAGAAGCUCAGGGAAUGAAGAAAUCUCCCUGGGCAAAUGUCAGAAGGACAGCAUGUUAAAAGUUUCUGUCCCACAACUGGGAAAGCCCAGCUCAAACAGACAUGUUGUCUAGGCUUACGUUUCAGUGGAGGGCAGCAGUAGCUCUCUCAUGCCAUUCAUAUUGCUGCUGCCAUUCUACCAUUCAGUAACACUGUUUGCUUUCCUACAACUCCUCUGACCAGUGUUUGACUGGGGAUGUUCAGAUGGAAGCAGUCAGCGAAUGUGUCUUUGUCUUCAAGCAUGUGUUUACUUGAUUCCAGAAGGUGAUUUUUUAGUCAAGAGCUCCCGUGAUUCUUUCACAAGUUCUUGGAAAACUAUUGAAAAUACAAGAUUGUGAAAGCAAUAAAGAAUCAUCAGAGUGGG